AUAACACACCAACGCCUUGUUCAUCCUCUCCAAACCAAGUUGCUAGCUACUCAUAAUCCUUCGCAAAACUCCUUUCUGCAAUUGAAGCAUCCCAAAACAUUUGCCGGUUAAAUAAAAGAUAAAAUUAUAUUUUAUCCAAAUCCAAAUGUGUUUAAGGAGUACAAUGCAUCAAUUGAGUAUUACUGGGCUUCCUUCAUGAGUCUGAUUCAUACCAUUCAACAGAUCAUACUAUCCUGAGAUGACUAAUGAACCUUGUUGCCAUAACCAAACAUGGCAAGAGCUAUGAAGGAGUUGAUGUGUUGCUAUUUGAGAGCUAUCUCUGAUGGAUGCACAAGCAUAACAAGUCUUAAUCAAUGCUGUCCAAACAUGGCAGGAGGAAGGAAGGAGUUUGACGUGUUGGUGUGUGAAGCUAUGUGUGGUGGAUGUACAAGUGUAACAAGCUUCAGAUCAAUGUUAUUUAUGGAAUUCCUGGGAUUGUUUAAGAAUUUAAUGUGACAACUACUUGUGAAUUGAGAAACCUUGGCAAAUUAGUUAAAAUCCAACAUCAAUCCUCUAUGUCCUCAACACACCUUGUUAUGUUUCACCUGUUGUUUUCUAUUAAGAAAUAUCCCAAAUUCUCAAAUUAUGAAGACUAUGAUAAUAUAGGGAGCUAUCGAGUUGUUAUAAAUCCUCUUGAUGAAGUAAAAGGAGUUAAUCCUCUUUUCUUUCAAAUUUAUAAGCUUUUUUUUUUUCAAUGAUAUAGGGAGCUAUCAGUUUUAAGGUUAGUGUUUUUGCUUAAGUCCAUCUCCAUCCAUACCACCUCCCGCUUGUUUUAUGAAAUUUAGCAGUGAUUAUGGUUUUCUGGUUUACAUUGUUCAAAUUAUCUUAGGAAUAGCAGAGGGAAAAGGAGAUUGGCCAUGGCAGUUGAACUUAACCAGCAAUAGGAGGUAUAUCAAGUAGAUUGAACUUGUGAAACAUGAAGACUUUUACAAGCUUCACUAUCUGUUUCUUUUGGGAUAUGCAGCACAAAAAGUGAAGCAGGAAAGAAGAGGAUUUAGCAAGAUGUAACUUGCAUUUUAUGUUAUGUUGGCCACCAUUUGCCCCCAGUUGUUCAUAAUGAUAUUACAACUGAUGCUGAAUUAUUGACAAAAGUUGAUGUUUAUUGCCCUUUCAUCAUUCUUAGGAUUGGUUUUGUGCUUUUUCUGGAAUGACAUAACUGCUAAUGCAGCAUGCAUCAAAGGGGAAGGAUGGAAGCCAUGCGGUAAUGAGAAUUGCUACAAACGAGACCUAUCCAAUCCAAGAAGCAUCAUAUUGGGGAAUUGGCUCUAGUCUUCCCAUCAUGGGGACAGUCUGCAACAUCUUACAAGAACUAAAGAUCAACAAUUACUGUUUUGAACAAAUACACAAUUGUCAAAAUAUCAAAAACAUGUUCAUAUAUCUGUUUAUGGUGAAUAGAAGGAAAAAAUUCUUGAUAGGAAACAGAGAUUUGACCCUAAAGAUUUUGCUAAUUGUGUUUUCAUUGGUUCCUACAAGGACUACCUAAUACAUAGAAUGGGCUAAA